UUUCGAAGCCGGUCUUCAUUUUGACAUUCGUUGGAAAGGUCGAGAGUGCUGUUAAUUUACUGCAAGCCAAAACCUGUUUACGAUGCUUAAUAAAGCGAACCCCUUCACCGAGGAGAAUCGUAAACUACUACUGACGUUGCAGAAAUCGAAAACUUGGAAAUUUCGUAGUAAAUACGAAAAGUCCCUUUCCCCCCAAGUAAAACAGUUAGUGAAAGGUCUUUUGGAGCCUGAUGUAAAGAAGCGCCUCACGGCCGAACAAGUAUUAAAUUCGGAAUGGAUUGCCAUGGACCCUAAGUUGAAAGUAAUGUCUGCUGCAGAAUAUGCCUCCCUUAAUGCUGCUUUAGACGAAGUCAAUGCGGGAGAUGGAUACCAUUUACCAGAAACAUCACGCCGACUCUAUGUAAAAAGUAACGGGAAGGGUGCCUCUUCACUUGCGUUUUUGAAGACUGCCGACAAUCAAUAUGUUAAAAAUCUUGAAAUAUCGAAGAAGAUACAAAGUUUCUGAAUGUAUUUAAUGAUACUAUGUAGUAUGGAAAUAACCUGAUUGGUUGUAAUUAAGUUCUAUUCUUUUGAAAAUAGCUCCUUUAAUGUGCUGA